UUCUCCUGGUGUCCGGACUGGUUGCACGGGAAGCAGAGCACCACCAGGCCGCAGGGCCUGAGGCGCGCCUGCAGGUCGUUCAUCUGGGUGAAGCCCCGCAGUGCCUCAGAGGGACGCCACAUUCUCCAGGGGCCGUCGACCUCUCGACGCUGACUGCCCUCAGUUCGCUCAACUGCCCGGCGAGGCCUGGCUAUUACCACAAAUUUUGUUAGUGCUUUUAAACUCUGAAUUUCCGCGGGCCCGCAAAGCACCAUUUUGUUUGCGAGAAAGGGCAAGUUCUCUGAGAGUUUAAAAAGACCUUAAGUUGGGGCAAAGAUGGAGGGAGGCGCCCAGGUUCCUGACUGGGACAGUGACGAAACCGUGAUCGAGGGCUCAGUGGCAGACAGCGACCUGGAAGAUGAGGAGCUGCCCUGGAGAAGGUUGCUAUUUGAUCGAGACACAGCUCUUACAUCUGAGUUUGGUCUUCAUCUUGAUAGAAGUGGUGGAUACAAAGGUGCACCUUCUCCUGAGAUUCAACUUGGAUGCAAACUCAGAGAUAACUCACAGCAAAUGAAUGAAAAUAAAAUGAUGCCCAUUCUGAGUGAGGAUUCAGUGUUGCAGCAACCUCAAGAUGAAACAGCACAAAAUGAAGAUGUGUUACAGAAUAGAAAAAAUUUUGCAAUGUCCACUGUGUCAUUUCCCCAGGCUGGACUUUCAUUGGACCAGCAAAAUGUUGGCGGACCUGAAGCUGAAAAUACUGAAGUUUGGCCGUACUUAGAAAAGGAACUAAGUGAAGACAGAAACUCCCCUGAAGUUAGCCUGCUCUCAAAUAUUGCUACUGUAGUAUCUGGUAUGGUUGCUGUAAAAGAGAAAUCGUUAGUAGAGCCAGAGAUCUUAGCAGCACCAAAUACAUUUUACGACGCUGGAAAGGAAGUCAUGCUGACCACGACUUAUAAAGAAACCAAGGAUGAAGAAAGCUCACUUGAAACUUUUGUGUCUACUGUAGAAAAGUUACUAACAUCACCAGAAAGCACCAAAGAAAAAGGACUAUUUGAAACAGUUGAUGAUUUUGAUCCUCGAGAACUGAUGAACCCACUGAGCAACUCAUCGAGUUCCAUGUCAAUAUCUUUGAGUGCUUUGUCACCAUAUUGUAGAGACUUACUAGAAAGCACAGAGGAUGAUGCAUUACCACCUGAGUUGUUGGCAGCCCUGAACACAUUGUCAGAAGACAAGACAGGGCUCAUCUGUCAUAGAAAAGAAGAUGGUCUCGGAGGCAAUCUCAGUGGUGGAAAUGAAUAUUUGAGAAUGGAGCCUGAUACAUCUCAGACAGAUGAAGAUUGUACACAAAUAACAGAGGCUAUAGAAAACUCAAAUCCAUUUGGAUCCCCAAGUUUGGCUCAUCAAAAUGUCACCUCUUGUGAGCCACUAAAUAAUAAUAAGAAUCCAAAUCCCAUGGAUAAUGCUUCUGACCAGAAAACUCCACGUGUGUUACGGAGAUCAUCUAGACUGGAAAAAUUGAAAGUAAGCCAAGGUGCAAAGUAUACAGAUGACAUGUAUAAGAUGCCAGAAAAGACUGUAUCAGAAAUACGUAGCUGUGAGGAUCAAAUAAGUAAUAAAUCAACUGAAAAUUUCAGAAUGCAGGAUCCUGUUUUAAAGAUGGAAGAUAAAAAGAAGAAUAUGCAUUCAUCUAGAUUCAAGGGUGAACAGAUCAGGAAAAAUGAACGACUUAUGCUAAAAAAAGAAAAAAUGAAGAUUAAUCAAUUGCCUCUCUCUAGCAUAAACCGCAGAAACAUUUUUGGAGAGAACGUACUGUAUGAGGCUGUUCUAUAUGAUGAUGCUGAUCUUGUUCAUUAUUGUAUAAAAAAAGGUGCAAAUGUUAAUCAGCCAAGUUAUGCCGGUUGGACAGCACUUCAUGAAGCUAGUGUUGGGGGAUUUUAUCGGACAGCAAAUGAACUAUUAAAAGGUGGAGCAGAUGUAAAUGUCAGAGGAAUGUACCAGAUCACUCCCCUACAUGAUGCUGUGAUAAAUGGACAUCAUGAGGUGGCAGAGUUACUUCUUUUGAAUGGAGCUGACCCAUUAUUUAGAAGAGACAAUGGGAAGUCUGCUUUGGAUGAGGCCAAAGACUCACGUAUGAAACGUCUCCUUGAGAAAUAUGUUCCUAAGUAUCAAAAGCAUCUUACAUCAGAUCAAAGGAAAAGCACUGGCCCAGGAGAUGAAGAUGAUGUACAUCAGCACAAGAAACCAAAAUUUAGUCCUAAAAAUCAUACUGGGUUUGUUUGUAAUGAAAAUUCCAGUAGUCCAAAGCCAGAACAUGUAGAAGUCAAUAAAAGAAGCAAAGAAGGUGUAUUUAUAAAUGAAGAUGUAUAUGAACAUUAUCCCCAAAAUUCCAGAAUCACAAGAUUUGGUAAAUCCAAGGAUAAGCAGUCAACUCUUAACCAAACACACUCGAGAGGACUCAGAAAGGGCAGUCUUUGUAAUCGCAAAGAUACCAGUGCAAAUGUGUCUAAAGUUAAAGGAAGAAAGAACACACAAGAUAAAAGAACUCAAUCAGAUGACAGAGAAUGCAGUUCAGGACAGGCAAUAGCUGUCUCUUCUUCUAGGAGAAUAAACAGCUUGGUUACUUGUCAGCAGGAUAUUCCCCAAACCCUUAAUGGCCUUCCAGAAGAGUCAUAUGAACCUUCCAGCCCAACUCUGUCAAGCCUGAAAGAUGGAUUAGGUAACAAAGAUGAGGUUUAUUCAAUUUCCAAAGAGGUACAUACCCACCAUCUCAAUUUAUUAGAAGGUCAAGAAAUACAGUUCUUGGGGUUAGAUUAUCUUGACCAAACUGAAGCUGGUUCUUUCUCUGGACGUUCGUUACAUAAAGAAGUCAACUUACCACUUGUUUCUGCAGAUCCGCAGCCUCAUGUUUACCAAGAACAACAGACUACCCCUGACAAAUCUCAUAAAAAUAGUAACUCAGGUAAAAAAAAUAAGACCUUUAAUAAAUGGGAAAGUUCUUUCCUAUCCUUUAUAAAGGAUAAUUAUGAUGAUUGCUCUAUCUCUGAGAAGGCUGUAACAUCUAGAAUGGUGAUAUGUUCUACAGUAUGCAAAAACAUCUAUGAAGGGAAUUUAAGAAAUAGAGAAGAAGGGGAUUUUCUGCAGUUUUUACCUUCAGAAGUCCAUUUUUUACAGGAAAAUGAAUUAAGAGAAGGCUUUCUAACUACACUUCCACAACAGGAAGCUGUUAACUUUUCUGAUUUAGGUAAGGUAGUAAUUUCCGAACAACGUGUUGCCAAUUAUGAACAGUGCAUAGGUGGAACUUCUUUUGACCACUCAGUUGGCAGUACUGAGCAAACUUCCCUGGCGUGUACAAGGACACUUUCCAUACAAGAAGUUUUGAAGUUGACUACUCAUGUGGAGUUAUUAAAAAAGCCUCAAGAUAAUAGCCCCAGAGAAUUGGCUUCUUUAAUGAAUCAAACAGACGCACAUAUUAUGGAAAAGGUAAUGAAAGAAGACACUGAAAGGAAUUACAGUGACAACGACCAAAAACAAAGGCUUUUCCCAACUGCUGUUCACUGUCAAGAAAUAGAAAUAACUAAUGUUGAAAUAGAGAAACCAGACCUUCCAGAGAGUGAGCCUAUGCCUGAUACAAAUCUUUGUUCCACUCACAAUGUGAAUAAAGAAUUGACUGACAUCUCAGAAUUUAAUCAGAAAGAGAAGGAAAUUUCUCACAAACCAGAUGAGGAAUUAACUAAUAAUAUCAACGAAGAUGAAAACAUUGUAACAAAUUGUCUGGAGAAAAAAGAAAAAAUUGAUUCAGGAAUUUACAUUACUCCUCAUGUCCAAGAACAUGAAAAAGACCAGAAUUUCGGAAAAAGACAAAGUCUCUUGAAAGCUACGUGUAACCAAGGUUGGACACCACUUCAUGAGGCAUCUACUGAGGGAUUUAGUGAUAUAAUUGUAGAGUUACUAAAACCUGGUGCUAAUGUUAAUUGUGAAAGUACAGAUGGAAUUCUACCCUUACAUGAUGCUGUUGCAGGCAGUCAUUUAAAGGUAGCUGAGAUACCACCACAACAUGGAGGAAACUCUAAUCAAAAAGAUCAAACACAGAAGACUGCUUUGGGUGAAGCAAAUAAUGAAAAAAUGAAAGAGUUGCUAAAAUCUUAUGGUGCUACCAAGACCAAUAAUGAAGAUGAUAAUAAUGCUGCAGUCACUGUAAAAAGUCCUACUGUUGGUUCAAAAAGAUACAAACAGUGUUUUUGUGAUGAUGACAAAACUGUGGAUGCACCUUCCCCUUCACACCAAGAAAAAGGAAGAGAAAACUUCCCUGUGCAUCAGACCAUCAGUGCCAUUCUACAAGAUAUAGAGGAAAACCAAGAAAAGUUAUUAGAGUUUGAAAUAAGAAACUCUAAGGAUGUGGAACAAUACAUUGAAAAGAUGUUGGAGAUAAAAGAGAUUAUGGAUAAUGUGCUUUCCAAACAGAAAGCAGAAAGGGAUGAUUUGGCUAAAAAAUACAGGGUGUCCAUAGAGUCAUUUAAGCAUGGAGUCCUGAGAGAACAACUGGCCAAUUUGGCCACAAGACAGAGGAGACUUUUGGUUGCAGCAAAAAAACAGAAAAAUAUAAGCCUGAAAAUUCAAAAUUAUAAGAAUAUCACAUCCGUGUCUGGUUCUCAUUUAAGGAAGUUACCAUCCAGCUUAGACAUCUCCAGUGAUAAGGAAGGUCGAGAGCUUAACAAUCUGGAAAAUUUAGUGCAGCCCCAAUUAAGUCCAUUUUCACCUGUGAACCUUGAUUGUGGAAGUGUGCAAGAAACACCAUUACCUCCAGAGUCUCAGAAUCAUGGCCAAAAUACUAACAUCUGUCUAAAUUCCAAGGCAGUGAAAAGGAAAUACUCUAGAGAUGAGAUGAAUUCAAAACAAAAUGAAAAUGAUUGUACCUUGGAUGAUGUAUCAAAAUCCAGACAUUCAGAUAGCACUGAGAAGAUUAAAUUAUCAUCCCAGCAUGUUACUUUUAUUGCUCAAGCAGAAUACUCACAAAAAGAAAAUGAUCUUACAGAAACUAUAGCCAAAGAUCAUGAAUUUUGUAGUCCUUCUGCCACAACAAGUACAUUAAGUAUUUCUGAAUGCUCAACGGUCCUUUCCCAAAAUGAUGCCCAUCUAUCAACUGUUAUUUCGGACCAGGACCUUUCCCAUUAUGAUCCAAAAAGAGGAAACAAGAAAACAGCUUCCCAUCUACCACCUGAUGGGGCCUCAGAAUCUCUGGCACAUCAGAAGAGUGCUGUCAUAGACACUGAUCCUGGACAUCCCAUAAAACCAUAUCUUAAAAAGACAGCUUCUACCAUUCCACGUGCAAAUGACAGGCCGAUCUCUUCUUCCUCUGAGUCUGCUCAUCAACAUGCUAUAAAAAAGCCUUCCAGUUUCAGCACAACUCCUAAAAAGAAAUGUAUGCAGAUAAAAGAUUUGAUAUUACUAGGAAGAAUUAAGCCAGGAAAUAACAUUUUGGAAUUCAAAACACAGGAGACUACCCAUAAGGCCAGUAUUUUAUUGAGUGGUAAAAUUAAAGUAGAAAAUGGUCAGAUUUAUCAAAAUCCAGUCACCUGGCUGAAGGAUCUUCUGGGAGGUGACAGUUAUGUGACCUGGAAUUAUGCUUGGAGUAAGGUAACGUAUCUUGGGAAGGAGCUUUUAAAGUAUGUUUCUGAGGAAGUAGCUGGACCUCCAGAACCAGACACGGUACCUCAGCAACAUCAGCCUUGUCUUGAAGGUACUUCCAGAGAGUCAAUGCAAAGCAUUCCUUAUUAUUUACAAAUCAAUGAAAUACUUUUAAUCAACGAUCAAGAAUUUCUUCCAUGCCAUUUAAUGGAUCAACACUGGAAGUUCUAUGUGGAAUGUGAGGAACUAACGUUCUAAAGAAACUUUGUUUUCUUAAUAAUUUUUUUAGUAUUUGUUCAUGUUAUCAACAAACCUUCAUCUUUUACCUUGUGUGGUGGACUUGUUUAACAUAUACUUUAUAUGUU